AUGGAUUUCACAGAAUCUGUCGCAAAACUAAAAAGCGUACCAAGAUAUGCUGGCUCAAAAGAGCAGCCUCAUCUUUUUUACAUCACAGAGGGAGUCCAAAAGACCUCUAUAAAUUACCAUUUACAAUAUGGACGAGGAGAUGCGAGAUGGAAUAUGCAUGUUCGAGCAUGCUCAGCCAAAGCAGCGAUUCUUCAGUGCAGUUCGGCUGAUUCAAAAGUAAACCCUUGCAAAGGAACAGCCAAGAUUGAGAUUCUCGACCCAAAACUCAUCAUCGUCGAAAGGAAAGAAAACGUCAAGAAGCCAAGAAACGUUUUCAAGCUCAACUACGAUCAUCCGGACGUCAAAGACAUCAAGAAAUACGGCAAAGUCACGACCACCAGAGACCACUGCAAGAGCUGCAAGCCAUCUUUGCGCUACCAUGUCAUCCAGCGCGAGUUUCGUUCUAAUAACGGAAAGAAACUUGUGGUAAAAGUGCGCGACGACAACUUCAACUUCGAUCACUUACAAGAGAUUUUACUCAAAUGCAAGAAGCGAGGAAACUGGGCCAGAGGCUUGUCAAUAACUGGAAUCUCACUCUCAACAAUUGCGGGUUUCGUCGUUUUAUUCGUGUGGAUCAUCAACAACUCUAUUUUCGAUCCCCAAUUGGCAGACACUGACCCAGCUAAUGGUCCCUAUCCUUCUCCGUUUGAUGGUCAACUUAGUGGAUAA